AUGACUGCUACCAACCGCCCAAAGGGCUUACUUUUUGAUAUCGGAGGUGUCUGCGUUGUAUCUCCAUUUCAAGCAAUUCUUGACUACGAACUUGCAAAUAAUAUACCCGUUGGAUGGAUAAACUACGCCAUCCAGAAUACAUCUCCAAAUGGCGCAUGGCAUAGAGUAGAGCGAGGAGAGGUCGAGUUGGGCCCUCGAUUCUUCGAGGAUUUCAAUAGUGACUUUCAGCAUCAACAUUUAUGGGAGGCAUUUCAGGAGCAGAAGAACAAGAAAAACCCUCAGGCAUCAUCCACAUCAUCGACAACAUCUGCUCACCUUCCUCUUCCUAAAGUUGAUGCGGAAUAUAUGUUUUGGGAAAUGAUGCGCGUGGCACGGGAGCCAGACCCGUACAUGUUCCCCGCACUCAAGAAGCUCAAAAAGUCAGGAAAAUUCAUCCUGGGUGCAUUGUCAAAUACAACCAUCUUGCCCGAGGACCACCCGUACAGCAAGAGUUCGGCAACGAAGGACGUCAAGACGGCAUUUGAUUUCUUUAUUUCCAGCGCACACUGUGGACUAAGGAAACCAGACCCGAGGAUUUAUGAACUUGCGAUGGAUAAUAUGAGACAAAUGGCGGAGAAGAGGGGCUUGGACGGGAUUGCACCCGAAGACGUCGUGUUCCUAGACGAUAUCGGCAUUAAUUUAAAGUGGGCGAAAAAAGCGGGCAUGAAAACGAUCAAAGUUAACCUGGGCAAGACUGAUGACGCCGUAAGGCAACUGGAGAAAUACACCGGUAUGAGUCUGUUGGAUAGCGGGGAUAAAGCCCGGCUAUAG